UACCACAUCAUCGAGCUACCGACCAAGUGACGAAAUAUAUAUUAAAAUACGAAAUGAUAAAAUAUGGGAACCAACGGUAAUUACAUCCCGAAAACAUAAAUAUUCAUGUAUUGUUUCAACACCAGGAGGACUAGAUAAACGAAGACACGCUGAUCACAUCAGACCACGGGUGUCCUCCACCUCCAAAACCCCGAGGAAUGAAAGGGUGCAUUCUUCUAUGCUGCCGGCGACUGCUUCUCCAGAUAUUAGAAAUAUUAGAAUGGAAACAACAAUAAGCGAAAGGCUAACUAUUAGCAAGAAUUCGGCAGCAGUAACAUCGCAGUCGCCUACAAAUGUACCAAUUUCUCUAAAUUCACCUUCACAGCAUCGAAGUUAUACUCCUCACCUGUUCCGGUCUCCACUCCUGUGCCAUUUGCUCCACGUCGAAUUAAUCGACGUAUACAUACAGGCACCCCGCCGUCUGAUCAACAAGAUGUAGAUGGGGAGGAAUGUUUUAACCUUCUUUUCCAUAUUCUAUUAUUUGAAUUAUUAUACAUCGAACACAUUGUCAUUUUUGCCACCUAUUAUUAAUACAUAUAUCUUACGUUAAGUACCUAUGUCUUGAAAACCUUGUUUUAUUUUAUUAAACUCAUCUGUUUACAAGGACAAUAAAAAAAGCAUGUUAACCUCAAAAUAUAAGUAAAUGAAAAAUACCUUCUUUUUUUAUUAUGACUUGAUUUAAUUGUAUCUGUGUAAUUGGUAUAAUAACUAUGAACCUAAAACUAGAAUUUUAACUAUUUAUUUUCGUUUUGUUUUUAAAAUAAAUUUUAUCAUCAUUAAAAUAUACGACAACACCGCGCACGCCUUCGUUAACGUUGACGUUCUCGUUGUGUGCUUCGUAGGUACCUACUUCAGAUUUUAAGGUUGCAUACGUUUCUGUUUUUGUUUAACAUUCACAGCUGUAAAUGAAAACUAUUAGAGAAUAUUUUUUCUAAAACAUUUUGCUAAUUCAAAUAUAAUAGGUCUAACACAACCAUUAUGGCUUCGAACGAAGGGCGAACUACUCAAUCAAACUUGCAUCAGCAAGACUUAUCUAAAUUGGAUGUCACAAAAUUAUCUGCUCUCUCUCCCGAAGUCAUAUCAAGGCAGGCGACGAUUAACAUCGGUACAAUUGGACAUGUAGCUCAUGGAAAAUCUACUGUUGUGAAGGCUAUUUCAGGAGUACAAACUGUAAGGUUUAAGAAUGAAUUGGAAAGAAAUAUUACGAUCAAAUUAGAGCGCCUGUCGGAUUCAGUUGUAAAAUUGUAUCGCGAAAGAGCAGAUGAAAAACAUGAAAGUAUAUUUAUUGAAAAAGUUAGAAAAGUAAAAAAGAGAACUAUACCUGUAGAACAUGAAGAUGCACCAGCUAUUAAGAAAAAAAAGAGAAACAAUAUAAAAAAUGCAGAAGAAUAUAUUGUUGAGAAAAUACUAGGGUUCAAGUAUGAAAAUGGAAAAGAAUACUUUCAUGUGAAAUGGAAAGGAUGGUCUGAUAGUGAAAAUACUUGGGAACCUAUUGAAAACCUAGAUAACUGUCCUGCAAUAAUAAAAAAUUUUUUGGAUGAAGAAGAAACUAGAUUCUGUGUUAAAAUACAAAAACUCAAAGAAGAAAUCUCAUUUGGCAACCUCUUAGAAGAUAAUAAUCUCAUUGAAAGAUUUACUGAAUUUGAAGAUGCAGAUCUCAGCAAAAUAAAAGAGAAUUUACAAUUAAAAUUUUUGUCAAUACUGUUCUUAACUGAGAAAGAGGAGCAUUGUGGAGCCACACUGGUUGAAGAAACUAGAGAUAUCCUACAAUUAUAUGUAUUGGUUAGGAAGAGAUGUAAACAAUUAAUGCAAUUGAAAGAAUGGGAGGAUCAUUUAAAUCAGGUUGAUAAGUCAAAAAAAAUAUCAGUACAAAAUAAUGUAGAUUUUGCUGGACCACCAGAAAAUUUCACAUACAUAAAUCAAUCAAUACCUGGCACUGGUGUCAUCAUUCCGGAUGAACCCCCAAUAGGCUGUGAGUGUACAGCUUGUAAUUGCAGAUCUAAGUCUUGUUGUGGGAUGCAAGCAGGCUUCUUUGCCUAUACCAUUAAUAAGAGACUUCGUGUUGCACCAGGCACACCAAUUUAUGAAUGUAACAAAGCAUGCAAAUGUUCGUCUGAAUGCAGCAAUCGAGUUGUACAAAAUGGACGAAACAUUAAAUUAACUAUUUUCAAAACAUCAAAUGGGUGUGGAUGGGGUGUAAAAACCGAGCAAAAAAUUAGAGAAGGACAAUUCAUAUGUCAAUAUAUCGGUGAAGUUAUCUCAUUCGAAGAAGCUGAAAAACGAGGAAGAGAAUAUGAUGCAAAUGGAUUGACUUAUCUGUUUGAUCUUGAUUUUAAUUCUGUUGAAAACCCAUAUGUUGUUGAUGCUGCACAUUUAGGAAAUAUAUCACAUUUCAUCAAUCAUUCAUGUGAUCCAAAUCUGGGUGUAUGGGCAGUAUGGGCUGACUGCCUAGAUCCUAAUCUUCCAAUGCUAGCUUUAUUUGCUACUCGAGAUAUUGAGAUUGGAGAAGAAAUAUGCUUUGACUAUUUACAAAAAUCAUCUGACAUUGAUGAUAAUACUGAUGAUGGUUCUUCUCUCCUAAUUAAAUCGAGUUAUAAUGAUGAUAUUAGUCUAAGUAAUGUUUCAGAGAUAGGGACUGCUUCUUCUCCAGCUUCUCCUUUAAAAUCAAGGUUUGAAAUUCAACAACAAAACAUGGCAAUGUUGCGAAACCGUACUGAAUGCAAAUGUGGUGCUAUGAAAUGCAGAAAAUAUUUGUUCUAGUUAUAAACUUUAUAAUAGAUUACAUUGUGAAAAUAUAGUAACAUACCUUUACAAUCUCAAAAAAUUGGAGGAUAUUUGUAUAUCUUCCUCAAUAUAACCUAACCUGUAUAAAAUGUUCUACAAAUGGGCUUAAGGAGAGCCCUUAUACUGUGGUGGUGUGGUGGUCAUAAAACUUCCAACAAAAUAAAAAACCAAUGACUGAAAAUAAUUAAAUUUUUUUUGUAUUAUUAUUUGAUAUGAUAGAUAUCAAAUAAGGAAAUAUACAAAUAGACUGUAAAUUUGGUAAGGUUUUUACAAAAUAAAAUACUAAUCAUAAUCAAAAACGCAUACCUUGGACAAGCAUGAUGUAUGCGGCUCAAGCUAGCUGCAAGUCUUAUUAGCUAGAUAUGCUGAAAGUAUUCAUAGCUCACCUAUGCGAGUAUGUACGUGUAAUAUGAUGUUUAGCAAUUGUCUUAAUUAACAGGUCAUGGUUGGAAGUGAUUCAAAGAAAGAAUAUAGUAAAGAGCUCCUUAUUCGCGGGGUAUAUAAUAAUAUAUUCCGUAAAUAUGCCGCGAAUACAAAAACCGUGAAUAUGGAAUGGUAAUGUGGCUCUUACCGUAGGACAGAACGUCUCAUGUGGCCGCAUUUAAAAAUGUACAGAAAUAUGGUUGAUUUACAUACAACAUACUUUAGGCAUAUUUGUAAUAAGGUCUAUUUUACUUUAUUAUCAGUCCAUUUGGCGACGCAUUUACAAAGGAAAGUCUGUUGGAUAUAUUGGAAUGAUAUAUCUAUGUUUAUGUAUCCAUUAGAUCCGCGAAUAAAAAAAUCUUUAAAAGCUAACAUAGGAAUUGGAUAGUCUAUUAUGACGUAAUAGAUGAAUGUAUUAGUGCAUACCAGACAAAAUUUAGAAUACACUCACAGAGAACAUACUACAAGACUUAGCCAAAAUGUAUUAGUAUCAAGAAUCUGUCCGUCUUUUUGACUCAUAUCGAUUUGGCCAAUUAAUCUAUGUAACCAGGAUAACAAUGGACCAACAGACUAAAAAACCUAAAUAUGUUUAAAUACCUUUAAAUGUUAAUUGUUAGUUAUUCUGCUACUUUAAAUAAACAAAACCAAACUGGUACCAAUUUGUGCCUUUUAGUUUCUAGGAAUGAAAACGACCACAAACUCAUUUUGUUAAAUCUUAAGUCUUACCUAUUUAACGUUUUUUUAAUAUAAGUAUUAUGAAAUAUUACAAUUAUGUAUAUGUAUUGUUGUGUAUAUUUUUAAGAUAGACUAAAUAAUAAAAAAUGGUUGCCUAA